GAGUGACGUUUCACAGAUGAUGACACCUAUAUGGAUUUUAUAUUGGUUUACCGUUUGGCUGCAGUAAGAGGGAUACAAAAACACCAAGAGUUUUAUUUCACUACGACACAUUAUAGCGCGACACCGAGCGGCAACGUGACCUUCCAUUUAUUUUUGACAAGCAUGGACACAGACCAGGUGAAGAGACGUUCCUGGAAACUCAAGACGUGAAACACGAAUCAGCUUUAACUUAGUUUUUUUUUUUAAAUGAAAUGUAAAAGAAACAGAGCUUCCUCCGUAACUUCCGGUGUUCCGUUUAAGUCAUUCAACUCAUAGAGGAAGUGUUUAUUUCCUUUUCCUCGCGAUGUUGCGGCUCUUCAGUAUCCAGGGUUUCCAUGAAGUCUACAGGUGCAGUCAGUUUGUGGCAUCUUGUGUCACCAAGCGACAGAAGCUCUUAACUUUUCUCCCAGUCUGUCACCACAGAGCCUCCGUGUCUGUCCGCCUCCUCAGCACCGGCAGCCCCGUGUGGAAAGAUGCUCUGCAGCCUGAAGGAGACAAGUCAGACGACAUGGAGACAGUAGAUCUGGACAAAUGGAAAUCUGUGAUGAGAUCGAAAGCUGCAUCAGAAGAGAGACAACAAGUCUGCGAUGAAGAGGAUGGAAGCGACGAUGAUGAUGAUGAAAAAGGUGGGAGUUCUUCCCUGGAGGCCACCAGGGAUCUGGUCGUGAUGUGGCGGCAAGCUGGGAAGCUGGUACCUGAAGAGAUGACGCAUGAGGAGGUGGAGACGCUGGCGAAGCUCACCACCAAGUCCGCCAGGAAGAAGUACCUGAAGUUCCUGGCCCUCAAGGAGGGCUACAAAAAGAGCCGCAAGGAGAAGCAGCAGCAGAGAAAGGUGGAGAGGGAAGCCAUGCUGGAGCGAAAGAGAGAACAGGACAGUGAUGCUGACGAAAUAAGAAACACCUUCCUCCUCAAGUUCUGGAACCGCUCCCUGGACAAGCUGCUGGCCUGGAGGAGCGCCCAGGCCAUGCUGUUCAAUCAGCCGCUGGUGUUUGACUUGAGCUACGACUCCAACAUGUCCAGGCGGGAGGUGGAGAACACAGUGUCCCAGCUGAUGGAGGUGGACGGGUGGAACCGGCGUGCCAUCGAGCCCUACCACCUCCACUUCUGCAACCUGCAGCCGGGUGGGGCCUACGAGACGGAGCUGCUCAAACGAUAUGGUGCAGAGACCUGGGACCGCCUGCUCAUCACCAGCACAGACAGACAGCAUGUCGAUGUGUUCCCCCGGGAACAGCUCGUGUACCUCACCGCAGACUCCCCCAAUGUCCUCCGCACCUUCGACCACUCCAAGGUCUACAUCAUUGGAGCUCUGGUAGACCGGUCCAUCCAGUCGGGCUUGUCGCUGGCCAACGCAAAGCGCCUGAAGCUGGCCACAGCCCGUUUACCGCUGGAUGAGUUCCUCCACUGGGAGAUAGGAGCCAAAAAUCUGACUCUGGACCAGAUGAUCCGCAUCAUGCUAACUCUCAAGGAAACGGGGAAAUGGGAGGAGGCGUUGAAAUUUGUGCCUAAGAGAAAGCACGAUGGAUUCCACCAGCAGCAGCAGCGGCAGCAUAACGGGGUUCUCCAUAACAAGGGCAGGGGAGUCACAAAUCAUGGACCAAGAGAGGAUGGAGAAAGACUGUUCAGAUCUGGAGAAAGGACAUUUAAAAAUGGGGACCAGAGUCUUUACAGGUCGCACAAAGAGCCCAGGUUCACUGGCAGAGACAGAAUGGCUGGAGCGUCCAGUGACAGAGAAAACAAGGCAGCUGUGACCAAAGUACGGAGUUCGUUUAACAGCAACAUGGAACGAAGAAGAACAGCCGGGAAGUUGUGGUGGGAUAAUGAGUGAAUCUAUUAGAAUCUGUAACAUGGUGUAAUAAGGACAUUUGAGAAAAGCACUGUCGAUGAAAUGUAAUGAAAAACAUGACAAGUGAAUAAAAUGUUGUAAUAGAU